AUGCCUUCCUCCACAGUGUCUGCUUCAGCGCAUGAUAUGUCACAUAUGAACGGAGCAGAUUCAGGCUACAGCCAUAGCAUGGAUGGUAUGCAAAUGUCGAUGUCUAUGGGGACAUUUCACUGGGGGUGGUCUGGUGAUGGCAUAUGGUUGGAUGCAUGGGUGCCUCAGUCAGAAGGAGCCUACAUUGGCGCUUGCUUCGGAUUGUUCUUCGUCGCAAUCUUAUCAAGAACUCUACCCGCGUUAGAAGCCUAUUUUAUUGCUUGGAAGCGAUUACGUGAAAACAGAGGGGCAUGCAAUCGGUUAUCCUCUCCAUCUAGGACAAUUAGAACAGAUAUCGAAAAAUCGCCAAACCCACAGGACGAUUGCUCUUCAGGAUCCUUUAAACGUUCUGCAUACCCCAAUCCUCUACAAUUACCUGAAGUUCUCCCUUUCUCUUGGUCGAUGGAUACUGUCAGAAGUUUCAUUAGUACCCUGAACUCUUUUGUAGGCUAUCUUUUGAUGAUGGUGGUUAUGACUGGUAAUGGCGGCUUUUUCCUUGUUAUUGUUCUUGGUAUCUUUGUUGGAGAACUGGCGUUUGGUCGCUUCAAAUCCUUAGGUGGUGGCCUAAUCGAUGAUCAUUCACAUUAA